GGCUUCCGCGUUGGGAGCCGGCAGUAGAACCCGGGACGCAGAAAGCUGGUGUCCCGGCUGCGGGGCGGCCCACCGGCCCGGGGUGGGGAUGCACCGGCGCGGGGUGGGAGCUGGCGAUGCCAAGAAGAAACUCGCCGAGGCCAAGUACAAGGAGCGAGGGACCGUCUUGGCCGAGGACCAGCUGGCCCAGAUGUCAAAACAGUUGGACAUGUUUAAGACCAACCUAGAAGAAUUUGCCAGCAAGCACAAGCAAGAGAUCCGCAAGAACCCUGAGUUUCGAGUUCAGUUCCAAGACAUGUGUGCUACCAUUGGGGUGGAUCCUCUGGCCUCUGGAAAAGGGUUUUGGUCUGAGAUUUGCUGCGCAUUGGUGACUUAUAUUGAGCUGGGUGUCCAGAUUAUUGAAGCUUGCGUGGCCCUAAAACAUCGGAAUGGAGGUCUGAUAACUCUGGAGGAGCUCCAUCAGCAGGUGUUGAAAGGAAGGGGCAAGUUUGCUCAGGACGUCAUCCAAGACGACCUGAUCAGGGCCAUCAAGAAGCUGAAAGCGCUGGGCACUGGCUUUGGCAUCAUCCCCGUGGGCGGCACUUACCUCAUUCAGUCUGUUCCAGCUGAGCUCAAUAUGGAUCACACCGUUGUGCUGCAGCUGGCAGAGAAAAAUGGGUACGUGACUGUCAGUGAAAUCAAAGCCAGUCUCAAGUGGGAGACGGAGCGAGCGCGGCAAGUGUUGGAACACCUGCUGAAGGAAGGCCUAGCCUGGCUGGACCUGCAGGCUCCAGGGGAGGCCCACUACUGGCUGCCAGCUCUCUUCACAGAUCUCUACUCACAGGAGAUCUCAGCUGAGGAGGCCAGAGAAGCCUUCCCUUGACAGAGUGGAGAGGACAACAGCAGCAGCCAGAAGGGGACCUGCCUGUGAAUAAACCUGGACAAUUUUGUUUAUAAAAAAAGCUUCAUCCCAAGUUUUUCCUUGCCCCCCCACCCCCCAGGAUUUAUCUUUUAUCCAGUAAGAUAACCUGAGUAACAACACAUAAAAGGACACCAACAAACCCACAGCGCUGGGCCAAGAAG